AUGAGAGAAGAAAGAGAUGAAGAGAAGAAGAAAGAACUAAAGAGAGAGUUGGAGAAAGAGGUGGAGAAGAGAACAGAGCUGGAGAGAAAGAUUAACAAACUGAAAGAUCAGAGAGAGAGAGAAAAGAUUGAGAUGGAGGAGAAACACAGACAGGAGAUGGAGGAGAUCAGGCAGAUGUAUGAAGGAGAGAUGAGGGUGGAGACAGAGAGAAACCUCAUGAAGAUCAUCCUACCUGAACUCAAGAGAAACAUUUUGGAAUCAAAGUCAAAGAUGCAGGAGGAGUUUAACAGACAGAUGGAGGAGAAGAACAGAGAGAUAGAGACACUCAAUGACAAUUAUUCAAAAGUAUGGGACCUUUAUGAGUCAGCAAUGAAGCAAAAUGUUCAAGAAUAAAAAAUAUAAAGAAUUAAAUAUUAGUAAACAAAAAUGAGUGUGUGACACAUAGCACAACUCAUCUAAAGUAUUCUCACGUUUUAGUGAGUUUUACUGAAAAUCUCUGAAAUUCUCAAGCCAAAGAGAUGAUAAUGGACAAGAAAGAUGGGUUAAUGUGGAGGCAGACAUACACUGAUUCAUUCUUCUGUGUGGAUGUCCAACCCAAUCUCAUGGCAAUAUGUUUAUAUUUUUAUAAACGUGCCUACUUCGUAUUUGUACAAUCUGUUUUCAUCCCUGUGGCAUUGUUUGCAGCUUGGUUUCAGUAAAUCUUUUGCACUGCACUAAAAAAAAACGUUUGCCAAUUUUACUUAAUCGUUUCAUGUUGUGAUUACUUAAAAACAUCAAUUUAACAACGUGAACUUAAUUUAAUCUAGUUCAUUUACCAAAAAAGUGCGUCUUCUCAACGUUGCAUAAAAAUUAUUUGUUCAGCCAACAUAACGUUGCAUAAAAGUAACAGAUUAAUCAAACCAAUACAGACUUGUAUCUCAUUGGCUGAGGAUUUUGCAGUGUAUUGCGGAUAAUUGUUGUUCUGGCACCCUCUUGCAGAAGUGUAGCACCAUAGGUAUGUGAGUAAUAAGUGUCCAAAUAUGAUUCAAUGAAUUUGUUCUGAUAUAUUUUAGAACAAAACAAACAAAUAAACUGUUUGAAAUAACAUUACAUUUAUGUUUGUGAUAUGUUUGAUAAACUGUAAUUAAAAAAGGUCUAUAUGA